AUGGCCGACAAGAGUCUGCCAACCUCCAACUCCGACUCAAUCGACGAGGCGCUGCACCGCCUGUCCAGGAAACCCGGCGUCAAGGCAUGGCUCAUGCUUGACCGGACGACUGGCGCCGUGCUCAAGACGAACGGGCACAUUUCUAGCAUAAGACCCGCCAGAAAGACAACAGGCAGCCAGAACAGCAGUGCGAACCCGCUCCAGAUCCCGUCUUCAGGCUCGUUCUCAGCCGACGUCGUCCCCUCGGAAAGCGAAAGCGAGGCGCAGGCCGCCCAGGAGCUGGCGAGCCUGGUGUGGAACUUCAUCACUUCAGCAGGAGCUCUGGUGGAUGACAUGGAUUCAGAUGACGAGCUCAAACUGCUGCGGCUGCGGAUGAAGAAGCAGGAACUGGUGAUUGUGCCAGAAGCAAAGUAUCUCCUCGUCGUCAGCCACGACACCCCUCCCGUGUGA